GUUAUUUCUGAUCGACCCCCACCAAGAAAAUUCCCUACAGCUUCCAGUUGUGUCUGUAAAAAGAAAGGUUUCUCGUUCCAACGCACCUAUUUCCUGGCCAUGUGCAAGCUCGCAUUUACGCCCAGCAAUUCCAUAUGGAUUAACGCUGCCAUAGAAAGCCACAAAAUGUUUCAGUGCCAGAUACGAAGUCGAAUAUCACGACGUUUCUAAUAAAUAACCCCCAGCGCAACGGCGUUUUUCUUUCAUUUCGCUGAAAUACCAUGGCUUCGAGACGUGUUAGGAUUAAGGGAAUAGCAAACAUACCCCAACGGAAAAAGAACAACGCCCCGGAGAACGAAAAUAAAACCGCAAAUCCUCCGGAUGAAAAAAUUACUGAACUUAACCUCACUUCUGAUCAAGGGUCACAUGUUGAGGUAGCACCAACCGAAACAGCUGUUCAAACUGAAAAACCAAUUGCUAAUGAAAAAGAGGUUGAAAAUAACGAUAAUUUUAAUAAGAAAAAUGGAAUUUGUGAUGACAAAGAAGCAAAAUGUGAUGCAAUCAAUAACAAUAACGAAAAGGUUGAAAAGGUGGGUGUACCCGCUAGGAGAAAAUUUAUUAAACCUAUGGUUGCUGUGAAUUCGGUUAAUCGUAAAAGAGAAAAACCUGAAAAUGGUAUAGUUGAACCUAACAAGGAGAAUGUGCAGGAAGUUAUAAAUAGUCUUAAUGAAACUGUUAUUGCACCUACUUUAUCACCUAAUAAUCAUAAUAGUAAUAAUAUUAAUAACACAUCUUCAAGCCCUAUAAGCGUAAAAAUAACACCAACAUUCAUUGCUCAAAAGGAUAUUUCUAAAUGUGGCUCGGAUACAGAAUAUCCACCACCACCUGUAAGUCCAAGUAAAAUUCUAAACAGAAGAAUUAAGGCUAUUCCUAAACUUCAUCAAAGAAGGACUAGCUUUAGUAUUGGAAGUGCUAGUGAAUCAGAAGAUGAUAGCAGAAGAAGUUCGUAUGGAAGAGUAAGAAAUGAUUCUAUUUGUUCAGUUGCUUCACUUGCAACUGAAAUCCCAACAUUAAUAAAAGAAGCCACUUCACCACCAAGAAAAGAAUCUACAAUAACCAAUCCACCAAGAAAAUUUAGAAGAUCAGAUCAAGGUAGAAAAAUAGCUGAAGCUAGAAGGAAUUUCUAUCAAAAAUUUGCUGAUGGUAAACCGGAUAAACAAAAACUAACCAUGAUGGAUUUAAUAUAUUAUAAUCCAGCAACAAAUCCAAUGAAUCCUAGAAAACGUAGAGAAACAACAAGCAGUAUAAUAUCAGAAGAUCCUCCAUCCCCAAAAUCAAUCCAUACAAUCACACAAGAAGAUGAAGACAUAGAUGAUCCAAAUAAUGCUAAAAGUGAAGAUGAUGAAGAUGGUACUUUAGCACCUCAAAUAAAAGUAGGCCCAAAUGGUGAAAUUGUUAUCGACGAAAAAAGUCUUGUAAUUGAAAAUGCUGAAACAAAAAAAUCCCGUAAAGCUUUAGAAAAAGCUGAAGUCAUCGACGGUGAUUUUGAUACAGCUUAUGGAGUUUAUAAACGUGCAAAAAGAGCGAAGGAUUGGCCUAAUGAAGAAACUUUACGAUUUUAUAAAGCUUUAAAUACUAUUGGAACCGAUUUUACAAUGAUGUGCGAAUUAUUUCCAAAUAGAACGCGAAGAGAGUUAAAGUUGAAAUUUAAACGCGAAGAAAAAAUUAAUAAAGCGCUCAUUGAUCGCGCUGUUAUGCAACCAGUUGAGUUUGAUAUGAAUCAAUUAAGGAAGGAAAUGGAAGAACAUGAGAGAUUUGCUGAGGAAAAACGAAAACGCGCUGAAGAAGUGAAAUUGGUUAAAGAAAAGGAGAGGUUGAGGAGAUUGGAAAGAAAAACAAGAAAAAGAAGUUUAAUUGGUGUCGAUGGUUUAGAAGCUGAGGAACCUGAAGAGCCACUUAAAGAACAAAAACCAAAACGAAAACGACGUAAAAAGCAUCCUUAUGAUAGUCUAAAAAAAGGAAUCAAUUCUUUAUUGGAAGAUACAGACGAUUCAGAUGAAGAAUACAUGCCUAAUUCAAAUAAUGAAAAGACAGAAACAAAACGAGCUGCUAUUCCAAGAGAAGUCAAAAAACCUAGUGUGAAUGUUCAAGAAAAUGAAAACAUCGAAAAUCCCAGCGAUAAUGAUAAAAAUUUAGAGCCAGGUUCUUUAAUGAUUGUUCCUUCUUCACAAUCGGGAAAAACUUUAUAUAAAGUCUUUAUGAUUACAGACGAUCGUGGUAAACAAGAGGUUGAUAUGGAUGGGAAAACUAUAGAACAACUUACCCAAGAAAAUAACGAAAAAUCUGUUAACAUUCAAAAUAUCAUCACAAUAUCCGAAAAUGUUAUUGUGGAUGAACAAACGCCCAUCAGUACUAACGAAAAUAAUAUUGAAAUUACAAAAGACAGUAUCAUUUUUGAUUUCGACGAAUGUCCAAUCAAUUCAAGCAAUAAUUCGAACAUUACAAUUUCACAUGAUGAUAACAAAAUGACGAUUGUCACUGAGAGUUAAAAAAAAAACACUGUUAUUUAAUGGACCGCAUUUUACAUGUACUCGUUAUACUUUUUUUUUUAUUAUUUAUUUCUGUGGUGCUUAGUUUUUAAUUUAUAUAUUUCCAAGUUGAAACGCGCUGAAGCUGAUUCUCCUGAUAUAAUGAAGUAAGAGUUACUUUAUUUGUGUUGUUUGUAUCUUUUUAUAUGCUAUUGAUGAAGCUUUAUAAGCUCUUAAUAAACGCCAGUUGAACAUAAUAAAA